CUAUGAUGAGAGUGACAUGUUCAGUUUGAGACUCGCAACAUGUCCCCCAACUGAUAUCAGCGUGUCGCUUUCACUUGUGACUGACCUUGACAUUGUUCUCCCGCUAGUGCUAGUUUAGCUGCCUCAGCGCUUAGUGCAACCACACAAGCGCCCUAGACUACCCUCAACAACAUGGAAAUACACGUGUAGCAUUACCUUCCUCACCCUCACCCUCUCACUCUCACUUCAUCCACAGCCCCCAUAUCCCCACCCCCGUCUUAUUCUACCACCCAUUCUGUCCACAUCCAGCCCAUCCUCAAUCCUUCUGGUUUGCUCCAUCGCACUAUCAUGCCCGGUGGCUCAGAAGGCCGAUACAUCAGACUUGAAGUUAUCAGCGGAACAAAUCUUGGGGUUCCCUCCUUGCACAUUCCUGCAGGUAUCUAUGUGUCCGUCAAUCUCGGCUCCAGCAGACGCUGGAAAUCAGCCAUCGGUAUUUUAUCAUCCGACGAAUCUAUAGCGUGGCGCGAUACUGUGACCUUAUCGUUAGAUGCGUCGUCUACGUUAUCGGUGGAGAUCAGGGCCUCCUUCGAGCUCGAUCAGAUGCUGGGCAAUGGGGAAGUUGUUGGAAAACUUGAAAUGUCAUUGGAUGCACUACUCAAUCAUGGAAAUGAGCCUUUCGAUAUCUCCUUCCCGUCCGUUCGUGGUGUUCAUCCUUCCCUCACACUAAAGGCCACUGUUCUACAUAAUUGCGACAAUCAGGACAACGCCCUGUUUGACUCCAUUAUUGAAUGUGACAUUGCUCGAGACACGGAUGUAGGCCAUGAACAAUUUGCCACAUACGUGACAAGCAAGACGGCCUCUCACCUGAAUGAUGCUGUAAAGCAUUUUCAGUUGGUCCUGGACCAAUGUCCGGUCGGCCAUCCUCAUCGGGCAGCGGCUCUCACCAACCUCGCGUGGGCCCGCCUUGAAGGCUACGCUCGAAACGAUUUUCAAAACAUCGACUGUAUCGUUUCUCUCUUGCGCGAAGCCCUUGCGUUGCGUCCGCAGGGCCAUCCCGAUCAUCCAUCAUCCAUCCAUCACCUCCUUAAAGCGUUGAUCUGGCGCUACAGCAAGGAGCGCACCGCCGCCUAUAUCCGGGAAUGCGCGCAACUGUCCUGCAAGCUAUUGCCGCUCUGUCCAGGGGGCACCUACCUGUGUAGCAUCGCGGCAGGGGGAAAUGGCGCCGAUUAUGCAUCCACCUUUGACGAGUCGCUUGCGCAGGCAGUUGAAGGACGCUUUGAUCAGCGCGGCAUCAUUGAUGAUCUAGCAGAGAGCAUACAACAUACGCGUGAAGCCGUUUCCCUGUGUCCCGAGGGACAUUCUGAACGCAACACCUACCUGAUUAACUUGGCCUACUCACUCCAUCACCGUUUCAAACACCAAGGCAACUUAGAUGACCUCAAUGAGGCUGUAUCUUUGUAUGAGGAAGCGCUGCGCCUGCACCCUGUUGGGCACAAAUCUCGUGAUGUCUCAUUAGACAACCUAGGAUCUGCCCUCUACACCCGUUUCAACCAACGUGGUGAUGUUAACGACGUCAUCAGAUCCAUCAGCCUCCGGCAUGAGGCACUGACGUUGCGCCCGCCUGGGAAUCCAUAUCGUGAUUGCACGCUUAACAACCUUGCCCUCGCGCUCAAAACCAGAUAUGUCAAAUUGGAUGCCAGCGAGGAUCUCGACGAGGCCAUCAACCUCUACCGGGAUUCACUUCAGUUAAGGCCGCAUGGCCAUCCACGUCGCCAUACAGGUCUUUUCAAUCUGAGCUCAGCGCUCUGUUCUCGUUUCAUGCAAGCUCGGAAGAAUGAAGAUAUCGAGGAGGCCAUUCGGCUCUGCCAAGAGUCGUUGGAGGCUUUGCCUUCACUGCACCCGCAUAGAUAUUUCAGCUAUAUGCGGUUGCAGGAAGCCUAUUUGUCUCGUUAUAGAGUGCAACGCAAGUCUGCUGAUUUGUCGCUUGCUGUGGAGAACUUCAGACUGGCAUCACGACAUCCCACUCAAGGAUUUCCAGAACGCAUCAACGAAGCGAUCAAUUGGACUUUUGCAGCGGAGAGUCACAGUCAUGCCUCAGCACUGGAAGCCUACAAAACGUUUUUCGAGCUUCUUGACAGACAUUUGGCAACACGGUCUUCAAUUGUCGCACGGCGCGAAGCUACUUCUGCUUUUUGUCGUGCCAGAACAUUGCCUGUGGAUGCGGCAUCAUGUGCCAUGCACCUUGACAAUCUACGAGACGCAGUCGAGCUCGUGGAGCAGGGUCGCGGCCAGCAGUGGUCGCUGGCCUCUCGACUCAAGACUCCGCUGGAAGACCUGAAGCUUGCAAGUCCAGAACUAGCUCGCAAGCUCUCGGAAAUCAACCAGCGCCUGUCUCAUGCUCAGGGUUCCGCCGGCAGCGCUGAUCGAGCUGCUGCUGAUCGAGCAGCGAUACAUUACAGGAGACUUCAGCAGCAGUGGGGAGCAGUGGUAGCUGAGAUCCGUAAUCUUAAAGGUUUCUCGCGGUUCCUGCUCCCGCCGUCGUAUGAAGACUUGCAAGCGGCGGCGCGUCAUGGCCCGGUCAUCAUCCUCGUUGGGAGUCAAUAUUCGUGCAGCGCCAUCGUUAUCCCGACGUCAGGAGAGCCACACCAUGUUGGAUUCUCGCGCGUCACUCUCACACAUUUGGAGAAGCUCAAGAGUGACUUUGCCAGGGAGAUACGACUUGCGUCUUUUAUGCGCCCAGAGGAGACGAGGAAGGAAUUGCAAGUCCUUUUGCGGACAGUAUGGGACGAGAUCAUGCUGCCCAUCGUCAUCGUCCUGCAGCGUGAUCUCAGAGUAAAGAGCGGCUCUCGAAUCUGGCUAUGUCCAACUGCAACCUUCACUUCAAUUCCUCUCCACGCAGCUCACCCCUUUCGAACGAAGGCAGACGGACGGCGUGAACUAUGCCUUGAGGACGUCUACAUCUGUUCUUACACGCCGACACUUUCGGCUCUGAUCAGAUCUAGGCAGAUGAUGAAGAAACGUGCGACUCCGUCAUUCGUUGCAAUCGGACAGAGUUCACCAGGUGGGGGGCAAGGCGAGGCGCUCUUGACUGUCGACAGCGAGCUUGAACUCGUCCGCAAGCUCAUCCCUGCAACGGUCAGCACCGCCACGCUCUCUGGCGAUGACGCUACGCGAGCAGGUGCACUAGAUGCUUUGCAAUGCAACACUUGGGUGCACCUCGCUUGUCAUGGGAAGCAGGACCGCGAGCAGCCUUACUAUUCACGUUUUGCCAUGAGAGACAAACCUCUCACGCUGCUGGACAUCAUGGAGAAAGACAUUCCUCACGCUGAGUUCGCAUUCUUGUCGGCGUGUCAUACCGCUGUUGGGGAUGAGGAGACACCCGACGAAGUCAUCCACCUCGCAGCUGGACUCCAAUUUUCGGGGUUCAAGAGCGUCAUUGGCACGCUGUGGGUGGUCGACGACGCUGUCGCGAAACAUGUGGUUGAAGCUUUCUACAAGAACAUGGUUAAGGAUUUAAAGGAUGGUGAUGUGAUGGAUUGUACGAAGGCGGCGUGGGCACUCAACCGUGCUACAGACGCUGUGAAGACGAAAGUUCCGCUUGAGCAGCGGAUGGUUUUCGUUCAUAUUGGUGUGUAGUUCUAUGUUGUACUGCUUUCGUCUGGUAUAGGUUUUCGAGUUGUUGAUUUUCGAUACUGUUUCCUCCCGGUCACUGUAGCACCUGUCAAUUGUAGGAUUACUUUUCAUGUUGAUCGUACUGUUGUUUCGCAUUCCCUGACACGAUAUCAUUUACUGUAGAGUUUUCAAGUUGUCGAUCUUGUAUUUUCUCCCAUCCCGGCAUUGUCACUACGUGUACUAGUAUCUGUUACGUUGUACUAAGAUAACUCUCAUCCUGUUGUUUCAAUACCACUUUUGUAUC